AGCUGCGCGCUAGCUUGAUGGCGAUGCGGGGAACACUGGGAGGAGAGAUUGACAGGCUAGUUCUCCUCCUCAUAUGGCAGAAGUGUCGGUGAAAUGUCCGUUAGCGUGUCUGCUGCUGCUGUGGCUCUGCGUCCGGCUGACCGAGACCAAAAACACCCGCGUCUCGAUGGAAGAUGACCUCCUGCUGCCGUACGCCGAGGGUCACGGCCCUGCCCACUCUCACCGCUACGUCAGGGACUGUCAGGCUGUCACCCACGGCAACACCACCCACGAGAGCUGGCCGACCAGGAGCCAUGGCGGGCUGCCGGUGGCCGAGUCCACCAUGUUUGUGUCCAGCGUGCCGCAGAGCUCCAGAUGGGUUUACGGUCACAUGACGGUGGUCAACGACCCGCUGAGGACGGUGUCGGUGUUGGAGCCGGGCGGUCCGGGCGGCUGCGGGAUGAAUCAGAGAGCGACCGUGGAGGAAACGGCGGCGGCUGCAGGAUGUCUGUACGCUCAGAACGGGGGCUUCUUCGACACAAAAGAAGACAAGUGUCUCGGGAACCUGGUGAGCGACGGCAGGCUGGUGCAGGACAGCGGCGGGAUUCAGAACGCUCAGUUUGGGAUCAGGGAGGACGGCACCCUGGUGUUCGGGUUUCUGUCCCAGGAAGAGGUUUUGGACCGGUCCAACCCGUUCGUUCAGCUGAUCAGCGGCGUGGUGUGGCUGCUGAGGAACGGAGAGGUUUACAUCAACCAGAGUCUGCAGGCCGAGUGUGACAAAACACAGGAGACGGGAUUCUUUCGUGAAUUUGUGGACGUUGUGUCGGCCAGGACGGCGGUGGGCCACGACGCAGAGGGCAGGCUGAUUCUGUUUCAGAUCGACGGUCAGACGAAAAUAAGAGGAAUGAGCCUGUGGGAGGUUGCUGACACUCUGAAGCAGUAUGGCAUCAUAAACGCCAUAAACCUGGACGGAGGCGGGUCCUCCACCUAUGUGGUUAAUGGCAGAUUAGCCAGUUACCCGUCUGAUCACUGUAUACCAGACGGCAGGUGGCGCUGUGGCCGUCGCGUCUCCACCAUCCUGUGCGUUCACCAGCGGCGCUGCAAGGUGGCAAACUGCAGCGGGCACGGAGAGUGUGUGGACGGACGCUGUUGGUGUCAGCAGGGCUGGCAGGGAGACGCCUGUGACUCUUUAGUGUGUCAGCAGGCGGACUGUGAACCCCACGGUGUCUGCACGGCUGGUGGUUGUGUCUGUGAUGCUGGAUGGAGAGGAAAGAACUGCAGCCAAGAGUGCCUCCCCGGUUUCUAUGGUGACGGCUGCAAAAAAACCUGCACCUGUAUCAACGGCGGUUCCUGCGACCCCGUCCGUGGACGCUGCGCCUGCCUCCCUGGUUUCCACGGCAGCACCUGUGAACAAGUGUGUCCUCUGGGGUUCUUCGGCCCGUCCUGCUCUCUGGAGUGUCGCUGUGAAAAUCAGUGUCCAUGUGACCCUCAGACAGGAAGCUGUAACGCCACACUGCCAGGAGAGACCAACAACACCUUACACAGAGCUGGUCAUUGUCUGGCCAAUCAGAUGUUCUCGUUGUGGAGGAGAGAUGAAGAAGCUCACAGGGAGCGACCUCUUCUAACAGAAGGAACAUGGCUGAUCCUCACCGUCUCUCUGGCCUCUCUGCUGUCACUCAGCCUGACGCUGCACCUCGUCCGUGCGUGUCGAGGAUCGCCGGCCGCUCGCUUUUCUGCACAUCGAGAUUACUCCUUAGUCCCGCUGAUGGACAUCAACGGAGCCGCCGUGGGGGGGGAAGCAGGCACCCGGAAACUGGAAGAGUUGGACUCUCAGGAUGAGGUCUGGUCUCCGUCGGGCUCGGGGGGGUCGUAGCUGUCGGGAGGAACGAGGUGACGCUCCGUCAUAACCCAAAACGAUGAAGCACAUCUGUUUCACUCUGCUGACGUCAAACUCUGUCAGCUGGUUGAGAGGUUUUGUUUAAAGCCUCAGAGGACUCUGAAUGUAAAGAUGGAAGGACAUCCUGGUGAGACGAUGAGGAUGAAACGGAAACCAGGCGUCUGUCUCAUGAAUAGACAGAUAUCCAACGCCAACCAAUCAGAUGACAGCACUGGAGAAGAGGCCGAUCGUUCCCACAGGAUCCUAACAGAAACACAGAGUUUACAAAGUGUUGAAAAAGACCAAAAGAAACAUUUGAAUCAAGAUGUUUAAAUCCACUUUAACACCUUUGAUCAUCGUAGAAAUCUAUUUCUUACACGUCUGCGUCUCCACGAUGUCUAGUGUCAAAGAAUAACUUUUAUUUAAAUCCUUUGUACGACUUUUGCAUAUUUUUGUUUCUAAAUGACAGAUUUGCUCGACCUGCAGCCGUACAACAGGCUGUGAAGGCUGCAACAUCAUCUUUGGAGGGCAGAGAAAAGUCGUCGUUGUUUUUGUCCCUGACAGGCUCAGACUGUUACUCUGAGAGGAUCCCUUCAGAGACAUUACUGUUACAGAGGAAGAUGAUUUUAAUCUUCUCCUGUGCGAGGCCCGGAUUGAUGACACCGGAUUCUAGAGCCCCGUUUCCACCAAGCGGUCCUGUUCAGUUCGGUUCGGUACUGUACCCAUUUGUUGGCGUUUCCACCAUCAAAAGUUGGGAAUGGUACCAAAAUAAGGGCUUCAUACCGUCCUACUUUUUUGUUUCCUUUCUGUUCGGGUUCCAGGGGUACCGACCUGACCCUAAAGGAUCCCUUAUUUACUGUGUCCCCGUUCUUCUUCUGAAAGCGGGCCACACUGUGUUGGGCUGCUGUGAGGUCACACUGUUACAUAUCUGACGCGGCUAUCUCCAUCUGGCUUACACUCUGAUCACGGUCGGCUGUGGAAACGGCAAGCAAGUUCAGGGUUUACUGUACCAAACCGGACCGAACCAAACCGGACCGCUUGGUGGAAACGGGCUCGGAGGUUCUCAUGAGCUGAGAUGUUUUGUAUGAACGCACUGAGCACCGUCUCUGAAUGUAAGAAGAACUGUGAGGUUCAUUUUCAAUCAAAUCGGAUUAAAAAAAUAAAAUGAAGAAGCAGAAUUUUCUCUGCUGCCGAGAUGCCA